AUGGCGUGGAGAAGCUCAGGGCGGACGAACGAGGAACUCAUUGAGAAUUUAUUCAAGAACGGACAGACUGGCGAUGAGAAAGUUCGGGAUGCCAUGUUGAAAGUUUGUUAUUCUCCUCUCAGCUUCAAUCACCAUUUCCAAUCCCCUUUUCACCAUAAUCAAAACCAUAUUUCAAAGGUACUGAUAAGAGGAAUUCGUUAUUGACAUCCAACAAAACAGGUCGACAGAGCCCACUACUCCCCCACCACCCCCUACGCCGACACCCCCCAACCCCUCGGCCACCGCGCCACCAUCUCUGCACCACACAUGCACGCCCUCGCCGCCUCCUCACUGCUCCCCUUCCUCUACCCCGGCGCGCGGGUCCUCGACAUCGGGUCCGGAUCCGGGUACCUGA